AUGCUUAAGCUCCAAUCUCCGCUCACCGGAGGCAAGAACCUCCGGCCAAAAUCUGGCCGGAAACCACUCCAACCAAAGAAUUCACCAGCAACCCCAAUGACCCAGAUUCAUAUUUUGAAACCAAAGCAGGAGGGGAUUGAGUUCUCAGAGGUUAAAGAUUCCAACAAGGAAAACCAUCCGAUCUACACCACUACCCCAACAAAACCCAUCAAUGAGCCAUUGGAUUCUUCUCUAGCAGAAGAACUUAGUGCAAUCAAGAAGAAGCUAGAGAAGCUGAGAUUAGAGAGAGAGAGAACUGAGAAGAUGCUCAAAGAAAGGGAGAUGGUGAUGGAUUUGCAAAUGAAGGAGCUUGAGCAGAGAGGGGAAGUUCAAAAGAGGCUGGAGAUUGAAGUUGAUAGACUUUACAGAUUGAAGGAACUCCAAUCCUACUCUAUGAAAAUUUCUCCGAUUCGAACGCUAAGAGAGAAGGAACAUGAAAAGAAGAUAAGUGAAGUGCAAGCGGAGGAAAUGAAAGCUGAGGAUUUGGAGGAAUCAGUGGGAGAAAACGCAAUGCAGAGUCCAAGUUCAAGUUGGGGUUCAGCAAAUUCGAUUUCAUCCCAACUUGUUGCUGUGAAGUGA